CUUGGGAAGCAGAGCCAUGACAGGGGAGGAUAGCAAGCGUAAGGAGGAGGAGGAGGAGGAGGAAGAGGGGGAGGAGGAGGAGGAUGGUUCCUGGAGAGACUUCAUUGUCAACUUCUACUAUGCGAUGGUGAAUGUCGGCAUCACGCUCGGGUCUGUAGCGCUCAUUAUGAUCGCGUACUGGCUGUUUAAAUUCGCCACGUGUACAGAUUGCUGCUGCAACAGCUGCAACCGCGGAAGCAGCUUCUGCGCAUUCCCAAGGUUUGAUGGUGAGGAUAUCGGGGACCCGACGAGGAACUUCAUCUUUUGGAUGGGAGCCACGGGCUUUGUAAAUUUUUGCUUGUCAUACUCGAUCUGGGCGAAUGUCGGGAGUCCCAGGAUGUUCUUACUGUUCCCAGG